AUGGCUACCGUUCAGUUCGGCAUUCUGGCCUAUGCAUACCAAGUAAUCGAUGCCAGCGGACCAAUGGAUCUUCUCAAUUCGGCCAACAAGUCGGCCUUCCUUAUCAAUCGAGAGUACGGACCUGUGAGCGAUGAUCUCAUUUUACAGGCACCACAAUUCACGUUCCACCAUAUCGGUGUUACCAGAGAUCCUGUUAAGCUUGGCACUGGCCAGAUGACUAUCAUCCCUACAACCACAGUAGAUGACUGCCCUGAGCUUGACAUCUUGCUUGUUCCAGGACCUUACCUCGGCAACUUCGAUCUACACCCCAAGCAUGCCGACUUCAUACGGAAACAUGUCGCUGCCGGCAAGUUGCUCUUUACCAGCUGCACUGGGGCUAGCCUUGUCGCAUCGACAGGUGUGUUGAACGGAAGAACGGCUACCGUCAAUAACAUCGAAUUUGAUUGGGUUCGAAAUCGCUGGCCGCAGGUCAAUUGGACACGAGAGAAGAAAUGGAUUAUUGACGGGAAUAUUUGGACGGGAUCUGGCGCUGUUGCUGCUAUGGAUAUGGUGGCCUAUUGGCUCAAGGAGAAUUAUGGCCUGCCUGUACUUAUUCAGGCUGCCUCUACAUUGGACUAUGAGCCUCGAGACGUGGAUGGCAUGCUCAAUGUUUUGCCUCAGAGAUAUGAUUCGAAGGGAGAAAAGACCUCUACUCACGUUUUUAAGUAUUAUGAUUCUUAG